GGACAUUGAGCUCAGAUGUGUACUAAACAUGAGAAUAAAUACAAGACAGAUCUGCUGACGGUCAUGAGAUCUCUGGGCUGCUGUCCGACCCUGCAAGAGCUCGACAGACACUUGCUGACCCAUAACAUCGAUAAGAGCGGCGAGUUGGACUUCUCCACGUUUCUCAGCGUGAUGCAUGCACAGAUCCAGCAGGAGAAGCCACGGGACGAGAUCCUGCGAGCCGUGAGGUUCAUGGACACGAGCAAACGAGGCUUUGUCACAGCGUCAGAGCUCAGGGCCAGACUGACAGGCUUCGGAAAGCCACUCACGGAUCAGGAAGUGGACGAGCUGCUGAGUGAAGCCGGCGUGACCGAUGACGGCCAAAUUAACGACGAGGGUUUUAAGAAAAUGGUGACAUUUCUGACCAGCUGAUGCUGCGAUUAAACAAGAGGCAGAAAGUCAUUAAAGCUGAAAACCACAGAUAUCACAGAAAAAUGAAAUAACUACACCAGCAUGACCAUGUUAAACAGACUGCUUCAAUCAUUCACUAACAACCGUGGGAUUGUUUUCAGUCACCAGAUGUGCCACUUUUCCACCUAAAGGUUAAUAGUAGGCUUUCCUGAACUUUCAAACUGUUUAUGUAUAGAGUCUUAUGUAGUAAAGAUUUCAGAGUUUUAGUUUUGUUUAAAAUUGGGAUCAUAGUGCCCUCUUGUGUUUAUAGAGAGAAUAUUAUUGUAUAUGGCAUGAAUCACAUUUCUCAGAAAUAAAUGUUGAAAUGUGAACAUAAUAAAUGUGAAGGUGGAUGCCCA